AUGAAUUAAGAUUGUGUAGAAUGCCAAAAGAAAGAUCAAAAAAUUAAAGAAUUAAAAUAGAAAAUUACAGAGUUAGAAGAAUAAAUAGAAACCUUUGGACCUGAAUUUUCAUAAGUAAAAGAACUUGAUGAAAAUUCACAAAAACUUUUGAAAGAAAACAUACAAAAGGCCAUUGGAAAUCUAAUUGGUUAAGAUCCUAAACAAAAGUAUACUAGAAAUGCAUAGUCUUAGAACUAGUUAAAUCAAAGCUCAUUUUUAAAGGACAUAAACUAGCAAUUUAACUGAAUUUUUAAGAUAACCUAACAUUGAUGAAUAACACACUUAUCUUGGAUAAAGAUUUUUUGAACACUUUCUAAUUAUUGGUCCUGAUCUUGAAGAAUUAUAAUCAGUUAAUAAACAAACUAAUGAAAUUGUUGUCAAACCUAAAAUUCUAUAUUAAUUCCCUAAUGUUAAUGAACAUCUUUAGUAAUUAAUUUCAAAUAUUUUAGUGAUGUUGUUCCAAUCUAUACAUUCCCUAAUGGUAUCUUAUCAAAAAAAUUAGAGGCGUCUGCUAAUAAUUUCAAUGAUAAAGUUUUACCAUAAUUAAAGCAAAUUAUUAUGUAGACACUUUAAUUAACUAAAGGUGACAAUCAAUAUUCAAUAACAAUUCCAAGAGAAGAUAUCUAAGAAAAUAGUAGAAUGACUGUAAGUGAAUUUGUAUAAGAAUCUAAUCCUAAUGUUUUUAGAAAUAUUAUUUGUUUUGAAAUCAAUGAAUUUAUAUGUUUAGAUCCUAAAUCAUAUAGUUGUUGGCUAUGUCCAAUAGUACAUUGUUUUGUUAGCUAUUACCCAUUUAUUAAAUUCUUUUUAAAAGAAAAUGCAAAUAUUUGGAAUUAAUUAAAAUUAGAAAGAAUUGAACCUUGUCUAAGUGAGGCAUCUAGUCAUGAAGUUAUAAAAAGAGAUUUCAUAUUUAUGAAGAAUAAAUUAAAUACUAUUAUAAAAAGAUUAUUUGGUUUAAGAAGCAUUCAAGUAACUUAUGAUUAGAAAUAUCAAUUAAAUGAUAUAUAAAUUCAAACACCAAAAAAAGAUAGUGCAUAAUUCUUAUAAUUUUUAUGGGGUUGUGAUUAAACUUUCUAAAUCUUAUCAUUCAAAGAAUUAAUAUACUUAAUCUCUCAUGUUUUACUUUCUCAAAGAGUUAUACUAUUUUCAAAAAAGAAAUCUGUGCUUUCUCAUAUCAUGUUAACUGUUAUUUCUCUUAUGCAUCCUUUUACUUAUAAAUUACCAUUCUGUAUAUUCAUUCCAGAUGAACUUAUAGAUAGAGUAGCAGCUCCUUGUCCAUUUUUUUUUGGGGUUAUAGGAGAAUAUGAAAAUUAUUACUAAAGAAUUGAAGAAGCUUAAUAAGAAGAUAUUACAUUAUUUGGUAAUUGUUAACUUUAUCUAAGAUCUUAAUACAAAGAGAGUGUAUUUUUCUAAAGUAUAAAGUCGAGAUUUGAAAAAGUGUAUAGCUCCAAUUAAAAGAAACUCACAUUUAAAAUAAUUAUACAAUUUGAUUAAUAAUUCAAAAGAAAAUGUAUUUAAAUAAAUUGGUAAAUUAAGACCAUAAAAACUUGAAAAAUCAGGAAGUUCCAAUUCUACUUUGAGAGAUAAUGAAAAAUAAUAUCAAUAAUUGCUUAAGGAUAUUGCAAAAUCAUUUUUUACAUUUUGGCAUACCACAAUUGCAAUACAUAUUCCAGUAGAUAGGAAAUUCAUUAAGAGUGGCUCUAUUGCUGCCUUGAAUUUAUAAUUAAUUUCUGAAGUUAUGUUAUCAAAAUGUCCAAAAGAUUCUAAAAGAUUUAUUAAAGAAUUCAUUUAAAACCCAACAUUUACAGGAUAUUUGGAUGAACUUUAUGAAGUUAUUUAUUAAUAAAAUUAAUGA